CAGCGAUGGCGGCGGCGGUGGCGGUCGCUCGUGGCUUGUCCCUGGCGGCGCUGAGGGGAGGCGGCGCCGUCGCCUCCUGCUACUGCCGGCGGUGGCGGCGGCGAAGCGCCUUGGUGGCGACGUCAGGGCGGGCCCUGAGCACGGGCACUCCCCCUCAGGUGACGGGGCUGACGGAAUCCGUCCUGAGGGACGCUGUCAAGCAGAAGCAGUCAGCAGAAGGUGGAGAUGGGAAAAGCUCUGGCUCUGAUGAGCAGCAAGAGAAGAAGCAGAAGGAAAAUACUGCCUAUGCGAAGAAGGUGGUGCUGAGGAUUGCAGGGCUGAUGGCUGCCAGCAGUGGAGUGGCAGUUAUCUAUAUAUUUGGUAGUAAUUCAGUGGAUGAACAUGGUGUUAAGAUUCCUGAUGAAUUUGAUAAUGAUCCAGUGCUAAUGCAACAGUGUCGAAGGGCAUACAAGUACUUCAAAGAUUACAGGCAGAUGAUCAUAGAGCCGACCAGUCCAAAGCUGCUUCCAGACCCCCUGAAAGAACCCUACUAUCAGCCCCCGUACACCCUGGUCAUCGAACUGACAGACGUUCUCCUUCACCCUGAAUGGUCGCUAGUGACGGGCUGGCGCUUCAAGAAGAGGCCGGGUAUCGACAACCUGUUCCAGCAGUUGGCACCGCUCUAUGAAAUCGUCAUCUUUACAUCUGAGACAGGCAUGACUGCCUUCCCUCUCAUCGACAGCGUAGACCCUCACGGAUUCAUCUCCUACCGGCUUUUCCGCGAUGCCACUCGCUACAUGGAAGGGCACCAUGUUAAGGACAUCUCGUGCUUGAACAGAGAUCCUGCCAAGGUGGUGGUGGUGGAUUGUAAGAAGGAAGCCUUCAGCCUGCAGCCGUUCAAUGGCAUGGCGCUGAAAAAGUGGGAUGGGAACUCUGACGACCGGACGCUCUUUGACCUCGCUGCCUUCCUGAAGACCAUUGCCUUGAGCGGGGUGGAUGACGUCCGGUCAGUGUUAGAGAAUUACUCCAUGGAAGAGGACCCACUGGAGGCAUUUAAGCGCAGGCAGUCCCAGCUGGAGCAGGAGGAGCAGCAGCGUCUGUCGGACCUCUCCCAGCACAAGAAGCAGCAGCUCUUCCUGGGCUCCCUGGCAAGCCGGCUGUGGCCCCGCUCCAAGCAGCAGUGACACGGAUGCCCUCCGUUCCGGCCUCGCCCACCAAAAUGGACUUCUGGGCUGCUCCGGUCCCUUGCCUGGUGGGGAGCCUGCCCUCUGGAGAAGACGGUUACAUGGGGGAGGGGGCAUGGACUCGGGCCAAAGGCAGCCCAAGCCAGGGACCAGCAGAAGCAGCCCUGCAGCAUCUCCCGCCCCACAGAGGACUGGAGAACACUGUUCAGACCUGCGCCCAUUUACCAGCCCCCCGGAAGAAAGAGCCAUGCUAGAGCAGGAUCUGUGAUAGCCUUGGGACCCCUUCCCUUUGGAGCAGGGAAGCUUGCCUUGCCCCCCCCCCACAGGUGACGAAAGAGAAAAGUGGGGAGGGGGCUUGCCCCUAGAUCUGUCUUCUACGCCUCUUCAUCGCGUCCCCUUCAGACUCCAGGCCACGCUGCUGUUCCGUUGGCGCAUACGAAAAUGAAUGUUGGAUGUCCUCUGAAAUAAAGAACCGUCUUUCUA